GUCCCCCCCAUCCCCACCCCCACCCCCACUUGGAUUCAGCGGCGGCAUGAGGAUGGGCGAGCGCGACUCCGCAGCCAUCGCGGAAGAGGAGGAGGAGGAGGCUGGAGACCUGGAACCUUUCUUCUACGACGAGGCGGCAGCGGUGGCCGAGGCGGCGGCGGCGGCGGAGAGGCGGAGGCUGCAGGAGGAAGAGGAGGCGCGUGAGAAGGAGGCGCGUGCCGGGAGGCUGGCGGCACACAAUGCCGUCAUGGAACUGAUAACCGAGACCGAUCCGGAGACGAACAUCGUCUUCUACAACCGCUACCACGAGGAGGACUUCUCCCAAUUCGACAUCGACGAGGUGUCUCCUCUUCCUCCCAUGCGCUUCACGGCCACCGAUUACAGGCCCGGCGAGGCCAAGAUGUACACCACCAACAUGGUCAACGUGCUCGCCGUCCGCAUCGUUCCCGACGACGGUGAUGCUGUCCCCUUCCCCAUCGCCGUCUACGGCUCCCUUAUCGUCAGGGACGAUCUCGAUCGCAAGUGCCUUCCUCUCUUCCGCCGCUCCAGGGAUGAUCCUCAGCUCAUCGCCUCAAAGGAUGAUUCGUUGAUAUUGACUGGCCCUCAGCGAGGACUUGUUCUAGAAGAUGCCUUAUAUUUUGAGUUCGAUCUCAAGCUCAAGGGUGAUCAAGUUGGCGGGGAGGACAGACAGCUUAGUAAAGGACUAUUGUGGUUCAAUGGCGUAUACAUUGAAACAAACUUACUGCUUGAACAAAAGUUGUUGACUGCGGUCCGAGGUGUCACUCUUGAUAGGUGCAGGAGGCUCAACAGGCUCUAUCCCGUGCAGGUCAUGUAUGCAUUUGUUAGUGAUGCGGUGGAGGCCACUGUUUCUGUUCAGGUUCUGCAGGGACAUUUCUUCUAUGGAAAGAUCACAGCUUGCACCAGCAGGGUCAAAGACAGCAUUUUGCUUUAUGAUAGCAGCUUAGUGGCAGGUGGAGCUGCGAUGGCUGCUCAUCAGGGCAAUGAUCACUUUGCUAGUGUUCGACUGUUGCGCCCGGUGAUGGCUGUCUGUUUGCAUGAGAUGCUGAUAAUAUCUAUUCUCGCUCAAGUUGAUGUAACUAAAUACACCAGACGAACCAUUCAUUUCAAACCAGCUGUUAAUGGUGGACAUGAAACUCAGAUUACUUGUGGUGUCAACAGUUUGCUCGUGAAGGUUAAUUGGUCGUUGAUGUACCCAGCCGGCAAAUAAAGCCAGAUUGUUUUAUCAUCUCUGUAGCCUUUACUCUUGCUUAAUUAUGUAUUGAAAUGGCAAUCGAUGUAUCAACUAGCUCUUGGUUAUCUGCUUCGUGCUGUAGUGUGGAACAAGUGUAAUCAUAUUCUGAGCUUGCUAUGACAAGCACCAAUAAACUAUAUGUCGCACCCGGAGUUUUAUCCUAA